UCCCAUUUCUCGUGUCCAAUCGAUCCCUGCUCGGGAGGAGCGACGGGAGCGCAACUAUCACUCCGGCAUCACCAUCAGUAGCUCUCCGGCGACUUUAACGCCUCCGCGUGACAGUCACGCGCAGAGGGGAUGAACUUGUGUGGAGUGGUCGCGAGAGACAUCAGCCCGGUGUCUCUUUGGGGGAAUUACGCACUUUUGACGACUUUCUCCCCUGUGUGGUUUUGAGAUGGGACGCGGCACGACGAUGGCGCACUGGAGCACAUCGCUAUUGCGCGAGUUCUGUUUCCUCACCCGGCUCCGGAGGGCUGCUGAUCUGGCGCUGCAGUAGCCCCCCCAUCGCCCCUGCAUCGGUGUGUCUGCGCGCGGGCUGCGGGAACUAGACGGGAGGCUCAGAAGGAUUGACCCGCUCAGUGGAAACACCGGGGAGUUGAAGCGGAAAGUGGCAAAGCGCUCAACUAUAUCACCUGGAUCCUUUACAACACCCCGCGAUCAUGACAUCGAGUUUAUAGAUUUGGGGUCUUCUUCUGUUUGAGGCGAGGAAGAGGAGAAGCAGCAGGAGGAAGAGGAGGAGGGGAGCCAGGGUGUGAGUGUAUGCAGCCAUGGCCUGUGUAGCCUGUCCAUAGAGGAUCUACUCAGUGGAAGACAGAGACAGCCAACAGGAUGAAUCUGUGGGGGAGGUCAGCUUGGCCCGUGCAGGUGGCCUUCCUCGUUGCCUUGGUGAUGCUCUUCGUCGACCCGGUGUCCGCUGCCAGCCGUAACCAUCGGGGACCGACAGUCUCAUACCAGGUGAAGCAAGGAACAUGUGAGGUGGUGGCCAACCAUCGCUGCUGUAAUAAGAAUAAGAUCGAGGAGCGCUCUCAAACCGUCAAGUGUUCCUGUUUCCCCGGGCAGGUAGCUGGCACCACCAGAGCAAGACCCUCCUGUGUGGAAGCCUCCAUCGUAGUCCAGAAGUGGUGGUGCCAGAUGCACCCGUGUAUGGACGGAGAGGAGUGUAAGGUCCUGCCGGACCUGACUGGCUGGUCCUGCAGCACUGGCAAUAAAGUCAAAACCACCAAGGUCACACGAUAGCAAGAGAGACAAUGAGCCACGAGGAAACCUGAAACUCUCCAUGUGAACAUGCUGGAUGACUCACACAUAUUCGCUGCACGAUGGGGGGAAUAAUAAAGGAAAGGACACCGUCAGGCCAUCCAUCACAAAACAAUGGAAUAAAAUGCACUCAUCACAAACUAUGUACUCUCGGCUACAUGGAGCCACAUGUACAGCUUGCACAGUAUGCUGUGUGUUGAGAACAAUGGACUACAAUCAUGGAAACCCAGGGUAUAUCUGGACACCAAUGGAUUCUUAUUUUGCAAUAGUGGACAAAAUGUGGACUGAUUACAAGAGGUGGCUGAUUUUAAAGAGUGAUUACGCAUUUCAAAGUAUAUAUUUCAACAAAGCAUUUGUGGAUUUUGAGAUGUGAACUAAAAGCUGUGCUUUGAGUCUGGCUGGACACAUUGGACGAACUGGCGGUCAAUAUGUAGAGCUUGUACUGGAGACAAUGGAGAUGAUAGCAGCUGAUAACUAGCAAUUAGCAAAUUAGCAUCAAAUUGCUGUAAUUGGUCAAGUCACGACCAUGAACACUGCUUUACAGGAGUAACUUUGCAGUUCUAAUUAGGAAUGUAGGAUCAUAAUGGCAUAUUUAAAUUCAUGUAAGAUAUUUGCACUAGUUGAAGACGGGGAAAUGUUUUUGUGUUUUUCUAGAUAUCUCCCAUUUUUUGCUGUGGAUGUCACAUGGAACUGGAGGUGAGCAUUUUGUAAAAUGUCUUAACACUUGGAGUAGGUAAAAAUAUAUAAAUAUAUAUCACGCCCCAUUAUUCCUGAGUAGUAAUUGGUUCAAAAUGGCUCUGACUUUAGAGCCUUACUUACGUAAAGCUUGACACAAUAUGAACUAGCAAAGUGUGAUUCAUUCGUCUCAUUUUUGCCCAGAAACAUUUCUGAGCUCAGCCUUCAAAGUUAUAUACCUUUGAUCUAUUAUAUUCAAUCUGUGACAUCUCUUAUGUUAACUGUUAAAAGAAGGCCCAUAAAAUGUUCAAACAAGAAGGA